GCUUGCUGAGGCGUCCGCGGCGAAUGUCAAACUAGCAAGAAGCAGCAUUGCAUAUACAAAAAUUCAAAAACAUUUUCUGGCGAAAUUCGAAAUGUCCGAGGAAGUGACCAGCGACGCAGUGGCUCCGCCGGCGGAGCCGGUCUCCAAGCUGACCAACGCCCAGAAGGCGCGCAUCGAGCGGAACCUGGCCAAGGCGCAGCGGCUGCGCGAGGCCAAGCUGGUCCUGCACCCCUUCAAGGAGCUGGCCAGCAGCAAGGACGGCAGCCAUCCGGAGGCGGCCCUGGGCCAGGGCAGCGCCGUGAUCAAGGUGCAGGGCACCAAGUACAUCGACUCCGGCGGCGGCUUCCUGCUGGAGCAGCCCGUGCUGCCCGCGGCCCCGGGGGCAGGGACUGUGCCGAGCACGGGCGGCGAGGAGGCCCCGCCCGUGCUGGACGACGCCAUCGCCAUACCCGUGCAGUACGAGGAGUGCCUGGAGUGCGGCGACAUGUACGCCGACUCCUACCUGCUCAACAACUUCGGGCACUCGGUGUGCGACAAGUGCCGCGACAACGAGGACCGCCACGCGCUGAUCACGCGCACGGAGGCUAAGGCCGAGUACCUGCUGAAGGACUGCGACUUCGACAAGCGGGAGCCCCGGCUGCGCUACAUCAGCCGCAAGAACCCGCACAACGUGCGCUGGGGCGAGAUGAAGCUCUACCUCCACCUGCAGGUCCACCAGCGCGCCCUCGAGGUGUGGGGCAGCGAGGAGGAGCUGGUGCGCCAGCACGAGGCGCGCGAGGACAAGCGCGAGGUGGGCAAGGCGCGCAAGUACAACAAGCAGAUGAAGCAGCUGCGCAUGGAGGUGCGCAGCAGCAUCUACACCAAGAAGACGCACGCCGUCCACGAGCACGAGUUCGGCCCGGACAGCUACGACGAGGCGGCGGACACCUACACGCACACCUGCCUCACCUGCCCCUACAGCGAGACGUACGAGAAGAUGUAGGGCGCUGGGCUCGCGCUAGCUGUGCCCCAAGUGGAGAGAAGGUUGAUUUGGCUGGAGGAGAUGUGGGAGCGAGCGAGCUCCUCCCUACCCUAGUUUUGUAGCAGGGCGCUAUGUUUGAAGGCCCCCAACUGAUUGUUUUUAAGAACCACCCAUGCUGCUAAAGAAAUAGUGAAGCAGAUCCUUUUUUUUCUAACUUACUUUACUUACUUAUGUUAUAAACAAAGAACUGAGUUGCACUCUGGAGUUAUUUGUAAUCUUGGCUGCUGGCUUAUUUUCGAGUGAACGUCGAGUUAGUUUAAAGCAUGCUACUGCCGUGAAAUGAAUGAAGUGUACAAUUAUCCUUAAACAUUUAUAUUUCAUUACUUACUGGAACGUUGUCGAAGGAAUCAAGUAAAUAAAAGCAAAACCAACUAUCA